CGGGAGCACCACUCCUCUCCGCGUCACGUGUCGAACAGGUUUGCUCUCCUUAGUGAUGCACCCACUGAGAAACCUGAAAGAGCUCUGGUUAUAGGGGACUCUAUCAUACGGCACGUGAAAUUAGCUCAGCCUUUAGGGGCACCAGCAGCUUUAGUCAGGUGUAUACCGGGAGCCAGGGCGCCGGACAUAGCAGGUAAUCUUAGGGUCCUAGGCAAGCACAGGUUCUCAAAGAUAGUUAUCCAUGCAGGAGCUAAUGAUAUACGCCUUCGUCAGUCUGAGGUUACUAAGAGUAACUUUGUAGAGGUGUUAAAAUUAGCGAAGGCGAUGUCCGAUGCUGUAGUAUGCUCUGGCCCCAUCCCAAUGUGGCGUGGCGAUGUAGCUUACAGCAGGUUAUGGUCGCUGAACUGCUGGCUGUCCAGGUGGUGCUCUGAAAACAGUGUGGGCUUUAUAGAUAAUUGGGCUAAUUUUGAGGGCACUGCUGGCCUGUUAGGGCGGGACGGUAUCCAUCCCACUCGGGAAGGUGCUGCUCUCAUUUCCUGCAGCAUAGGUCAUAGUACAGCAGAGAAGCUGGAGGAGAUUAAAGACAGUGCAGAGAAGGUAGAGGAAGAGAAAGAGGAGCAGAGGCUGAAGGGGAGGAUGGAGGAGGUAGAGGAGGGGAAUCCACAGCUGGAGGAGAUGGAGAAGCAGAAAGAGAGGUUGGAAAUUCACAGGAUAAAGUUCCUGGGGCAGGUCAUUAAGGCAUCAGGGGUCAGCGCAGACUCUGAUGAGGUGAACACUGUCAGAGCCAUGAAGGAGCCAAACAACAUCAGCAAGGUGAGAUGCUUUCUGGGGAUGACAAACCAUCUUGGGAAGUUCCUGUUUCACUUGGUGGAGAAAACACGUCCCCUCAGAGACCUACUGAAAAAGUCCAACAUGUGGGCCUGGGGGCCACAGCAGCAGCAGGCUUUUGAUCACAUCAAAGCAGAACUGACGUCACCUACAGGGCGGACACUGUAUGACCCGAAUGCUGAAACACUCGUCUCUGCCGAUUCAUCCUCAUUUGGGUUGGGCACCGUACUUCUCCAGCAGUAG